CGGGCAUGGAAGGCGAGAGCACCACGGCCCUGCUGCCGGGCUUCGUCUUCGGCGCCCUGGCUUUCCACCACCUCAACGCCGACGCGGACACGGAAGGCUUCCUUCUUGGGGAUGUGAAAGGUGAAGCCAAGAACAGUAUUACUGACUCUCAGAUGGAUGAUGUUGAAGUAGUUUAUACAAUUGAUAUACAAAAGCACAUUCCAUGCUACCAACCCUUCAGCUUUUACAACUCAUCUGGAGAACUGAAUGAACAUGCACUGAGGAAAAUACUGUUAGGAUGCAAAAAGACUGUGGUAGGCUGGUACAAACUCAGACGCAAUACUGACCAGGCAAUGACCUUCAGAGAGCGACUCCUACAUACGAGUUUACAGUCACACUUGUCAAACCAGGGCCUUGUUUUUCUGUUAUUGACUUCCACUGUAACCUCAUCAAGCUCUUCCACUUACAAACUUGAAUAUGCCUUGCAUAAACCACAAGAGGGUCUUUUCCAGAAAGUUCCUCUUGUUGUUGCCAAUCUGGGAAUGGCAGAACAGCAAGGCUACAGAACAGUAUCUGGUUCUUGUAUUUCUUCUGGCUUUUGUAGAGCAAUUGCAAAACACAGGUCUGAUUUUUUUAAUGAAGAUGGGUCUCUAAAGGAGGUUCUUAAGAUUAAUGAAAUGUAUGCUACUUUGCAGGCGGAACUGAAGGAUUCAUGCAGUAAAGUAGUGGAUAGUGAAAGAUCAGUAGAGAAUCUGCUAGCAGAAGUGGAUAAACUGAAACAAGAAGUAAGACGGAAAAAAGAACGGAUAGAAGCUGCAGGUAGGAAUAGAAAUCUCCCAGCUGAGCCAAAAGAGAAUGUUUUCCUUUGUCAGGCGUUGCAAAACUUUUUCCCAAAAUCUGGACUGCAGACAAGCAUCGUCACCUUAAAAGGAAGACAGCUUUCCAAAUACUGCUGUACCACUGACCACCAGAUCAACGUAGUGGACCAGUUAACCUUAAUGCUACAAGAAAGUAGUUUCCCUGAAGCUGAAACAAGGCAAGUAGUUAAGCGAAAAUCUACUGUCACAACCACUGGACAAAAGCCACUCAAAAGGCUUCGAUCUCUGCAACCACAUCAAAAGCUGUUUCAAGGACAUCAAGAGGACAGUGACCAGGAAAGAUGCACUACACGUAAUACUGAAGCGGAAGACAACAUGGUGAAAGAUCUGGUGUCUCCAACUCUCUAA